AUGUCAGAGGAGUUAGAGAGACAUGUCGAGACGGCGAGCGACGCUGCCGCUGGCAGCGGCGUCACAAACGUGGCGCGAGUGUUAUUGACCCCUCAGCAGCUCGAGACAGCGACCGCGGAGUCUCUCCGUACCUCGUGGAAAAACCAGGACUCGUAUAUUGAGCACCUCGAGACAUUGAACAAACAGUUGGAAGGCAGCUUGGAAAAGGCGAAAGGUGUAGAAGAAAGAAUAAGGCAACAAUAUGCAGAGUCACAACAUCGAGAAAAGGUUCUUGUAAGGAGAUUAGCUGCUAAAGAACAAGAAAUACAAGACUAUGUAAGUCAAAUCACAGAACUCAAAUCAUCACACGCAAGUUUAAAUGGGCGGCCAUCGUUACUGGAUCCAGCCGUUAACAUGCUUAUAUUAAGGCUUAAGCAAGAGCUAACAUCAACUAAAGCUAAGCUAGAGGAGACUCAAAAUGAAUUAUCUGCAUGGAAAUUUACACCUGACUCAAAUACAGGAAAAAAGCUGAUGGCAAAAUGUCGUCUGUUGCAUCAAGAGAAUGAAGAUCUUGGCCGAAUGACUUCUAGUGGUCGGAUAGCUAAGUUAGAAGGUGAUUUGGCAUUGCAGAAAAGUUUUAGUGAAGAAGUUAAAAAGUCACAAUCAGAAAUGGAUGAGUUCCUACAAGAAUUAGAUGAAGAUGUGGAAGGUAUGCAGAGCACAGUGCUAUUCUUGCAACAAGAGUUGCGAGCGACACAUGCUACAGUUAAUGGAAACCGGCCAAACACACCUGCUGACAAACGAACUUACUCCGGUAGUGAGUGCAGUGACACACCAGUCGGAAAACGGCGCCGCGCCUCUGUGCUUUCUCUAGACUAUAAUGAAGAAGAAGAACCACUUACAGUGACUAAUGGUGAAGCGGACUAG